AUGCUGCAGGGACGGCAGGGCGAGGGCCAGGAGAGUGCCAGCAGCAGCGGCGGCUGGGGCAUUGCUGCUGACGUCUUCCACCAGCGCUACCAGGCGGGCGUGAGCCACACGGCGGGCGCCUGGCAGCCGCUGCCGCACGUCUCGCUGGCGCUCGACCCCGCAGCCGCCGCCGCCGCCGGCAGCGGCAGCGGCACCUUCCCGCGCUCCCACCCCGCCACCCUGGCUCGGCCCGCGGGCAGCGCGGCACCGCCGCGGCCGCCCAUCACCGCCGCGCCGCCGCAGCUGGAGCCGUGGCUGCUGGCGGCGGGGGCGUAUGGCGAGGCGGCGUCCUGGCAGCAGCCCACGGCACGCUCCACACGCGCCCGCAUGCUGUUCCAGUACAAGCCGUACAGCCAGCAGGAGCCUCUGGGCCUGGAGGAGGGCGAGGUGGCGGCGGUGGUGGAGGCCGUGUUUGGGAAGAUGGGCGGCGGGCCGGCGGCGUUCCAGGAUGCCGGCGCGCUGUGGGGCAGCGGGGCUGGGGCGCAGUUUGCGCUGGCCGGCGCCGCCAGCACGGGCGAGGUGGCGGCGGUCAUCCUGGUGAAACUGGUGAUGGAUAUGUAUGUGGCGGCGGGGCCGCGCGCCGCCUUCCCCCUCGCCCUGCUGCUGCUCCAGCGCCCCGUGGUGGGCGGCGAGGCGGCGGCGCAGGCCCGCGCCUUUGACCUGCUGUACAAUCUGUCUGUGCAUGGGGAGCUGCUGUACGAUGCGGCGGCGGAGGCGGUACCGGAGGAUGCCCCCGCGCUGGCCGACGCGGUGGCGGAGCUGGGCGGCGGCGGCGGCGACGGCGGCGCGUCUGCCAACUGGAAAGCCACGGUGACCUCCGCCUUCCGCGCCACCCUGGCCGCCACUCUCAAGGCCGCAUCGGCGCCGCACGCCGCCAACCCCCGCAGCUCGCUCGACGGGCGCAGCCACCGCUGCAGCGUGGACGGCCGGGGCGGGCGCGGCGGCGGUGCCAGCGGCGGCGGCGGCGCGGAGUGGCCGCCGCUGCUGGGCGUGCGGCCCGCGGCGCGCUGCGCCCGCGCCGAGCGCUUCCAGCAGUGGCUGCGCCUGCUGCUGUUCCAGCUGCUGGCCGCCCUGGCCGGCUGCGGCGGCGCGUCGGAGGGUGCCUGGGUGGCGGCGCUGUCCUGCCUGCUGCACCUCACCACCUAUGAUGGCCGCGUGGUGCGGGCAUAUAUAGAGGAGCUGCCGCUGUCGGUGGUGGCGGCCCUGCUGGAGCAGUCGCACCGCCACCUGUGGAGCGAGCAGCUGCACGCCUGGCUGGUGGGCCUGGCAGCCAACCUGCUGUACUCCCACAGCGAUGCUGGCGAGGCAGGCAUGCGGCGCAGCAUCAAGGCAGCCAGCCUCAGCGACUCGCUGCGCAGCGGCGGCGGCGGCGGCGGAGGAGCAGCAGGAGGAGGAGGCUCCCUGGGCGGCUGCGGCUGCGGCGGCCCGGACCCCGCCUGGUGGGCUGGCUCCCAGCUGGAUCCCGAGCGGCUGGCUUCGUUUGGAGGCAUGCGGCAGGUGCUGCGCUGCUACCGGGAGGCCCCCACCGCCGAGGCGCGGCGCAGCAUGUUUGCUGUGAUGUACGAUUACGUGGUGUCGGGGCAGAGGCCCGCGGGCCGGGACGGCUGGGCGCCGGUGCUGCUCCACCAGGCGCACAGCUCCGAGGCGCUGGCACUGGGAGCCGCCCUGCUGCGCAUGAACGCCGCGGAGGCGCUGCACCCUCUGUUCCUGGCGGGCGUGUCAGGCACCAUGCAGCCGCUGGCGGGCGCCGUCAGCAUGCAGAUGGCGGCGCUGCAGGCGUCCAACCCUGGGCGCGUGGUGUCUGUGCCGGGCGCCAUGGUGGGCGAGUGCCUGGAGUGCCUGGAGGAGAUUGCCGCCAGCGACGCGCAGGUGCCUGCCGCGCUUCACGACGCUGUGAAGCACACCCUGGAGGCGGUGACGGCGCCAGAGGCGGCCCCGCCCGGCGGCCCCGCCGGCGCCGCCGCCGCCGCCGUGUGGGGCUGUUUAGGCGACUGCAUGCGCGACCCCAGCGAACUCGGCAGCCGGGCGGGGCGCGGCUGGCUGCUGCAGCUGCUGGUGGCUGCCGCUGAGCACGAGCUGGCCCGCGGCAGCAGCCCGCAGGCGGCCGAGCAGCCGCAGGGGCCGCGGCAGGACGGGGCGCCGGCGCCGGCGCCGGCGCAGCAGCAGCAGCAGCAGCCGCCGCUGGCGCUGCUCCCAGAGGUCUCCUCCCACGGCGGCUGCCAGCUGCAGCCGGGGCGGCGCGGCAUGCGGGGCCAGGAGGCGCUGCGGGAGCUGCUCAUGCGCGCGCUGGCCACCACCCCUGACAGCCGCGCAGCAGACUGCUUCAUGGCCGCGGUUGGCUCCCUGCUGGCACAUGUGCGCCUGCGCUGCGCCGCCGCCGCCUGGGACGCCGAAGACGGCUGGAGCGCCGGCAACGGCGCCGGCGCCGCCAACGGCGCCGCCAACGGCGGCGGGGCCGGCGGGAGCGCCGGCACGCCCGCCGCGGCCGCGGCCGCGGCCGCCGCCGCUCAGGGCAGCGGCCUGCGGCCCGUGGGCUCUGCGCCGCGCCUGGCGGCGGCGGCGCCGCCGGGCGCCGGCAGCGCGCAGAGGCAGGCGCAGCGGCUGGCGGCGGCGGGGGCGUCCCGUGACAGCCUGCUGGCCGAUGGGGAGGCGCCUGGUGCCAUCAGGGCGGACCCCUCUGACAGCGCCUCCCUCAAGAGCGCCAACAGCUCGCCCUUUGAAGCCAACGGCGGCGGCUGGCGGUCGCUCAACUGUUCCGAGGCUGUGGUGUCCACCCUCUCCCUGGCUGUGGAGUGGCUGCUCCAAGCCCCCCAGGAGGCGCGCCAGGGAGCCAUGCUGCAGGCAGCCCAGCUGCUCCUGGCAUUCACCCUCGCCACCCCCGGCCCGCGCGGCGCCGGCGCCGGCAGCGGCGGCAGCAACGGCGCGCCGGCGGCGGCCGACGACGCUGCUGCUGCGGCUGCGGCGGCGGAUGGCGCUUACCCGCCCGGCACGCCGCUGGUGUCACCGGCUGCCUCGCGCCCAGGGAACCACCACCGCUUGUCCAUUCAGACCCCAGCACCGCUGCAGCUGCCGGCCUCUCCCGGCAGCAGCCCCGCGGUGGGAGGCCCGGCAGGCCUGCUGACGCCCUCUGGCCUGGCGCACCGCCCCGUCUCUCCCAGCCUGGCAGCCCUGCAGGCGGCAGCGGCGGCAGCUUCCGGCCACGCGCGUCCCUCCACGCCUCGGGCCGCUAGCCUGGAGAGCCUGCAUGAUGCAGGCACGGUGACGGCGGCAGAUGUGGCGGGGGCGGGGGCGGCGCCGCAGGCUGGCGAGGGCGGCGGCGGCGAGGAGCAGCUGGAGGCGGCGGCGGCGGCGGCGGGGCAGGCCAGCGCCACCAUGCUGUGGAGCUUCCUUAAUGGCCUGGCCCUGGUGCCGCAGGCCGACCGCCCGCUGUGGGACGCGCGCGCCGCGGUGCUGCUGCUGCUCAUGGGGCGCUGCGCGCACGACGGCGGCGCGCUGGCCGCGCUGGGAGGCGCCGCCUUCUUCUGCGGCCUGCUGGGCGAGCCGGAUGUGCGCGUGCGCCACUACGCCGCCGUCUUUGUGCUGCGCCAGCUCAUGCUGCAGCAGCCGCUGCAGUACAGACGCGCGCUGCGCGGCGUGGUGGCGCGCGCGCAGUCUGCCAACGACGAGAAGCUGCUGGCCAAUCCUUACCUGCAGCUGCGCGCCAUGCUAGACCAGGGCAGCGUGCAGCUGGACCGCCUGUAG